GUUCCAGGUGCAACACUUGACACUGGGAAGGCACUGUCAAGGUGAGCAGGCUCUCUCAAUACCUGUCAAGAAGAUACCUGUCAUCUAUAUAUACCCUGUAGAUCCGGAUUUGUGUAAACAGACGCACAGUCACAAAUUCGUAUCUAUAGGGGAGUAUGUAGUUGAUGUAUAGGCUACAUUUCAACUUCAGCGGGCAAAGAAGAUGGCAUUAAAACAUUCGGGUUGUUUAUUAAUGACGUUUUGUUAGUGGAAUAUUGUUGCAGUAACGAAAGUUAUUUUUUCCCCCUGACUACUAAAUUUUUUUCUGUAAAUUAUGGUGUAGAAUUGAAGGGCGUUCAUGAUGCCACGCAUUUUGUGGAACUUUUAAAGAAUUCGAAAUGAGAAAAGAAUUAGAAAAGAAUUCGAAAUGAGCAAUAAUAAUAACAAUAAUAAUUUGUACAGUUUUGCACUGAUUGGUGAUUAUCUGAAUGCAGUGAAUUUUAAACAUUACUACAAGUAAACAGAGAGAAUUAUUUGCUGCUGGUGUUGAUCGUAAAUUGAGCACAUAUAUUACUAUUCAGUGUGUGUAGAUUUGGCACACAGGAUAAACGCGCUGUUUGGAGUGGAAUGACUGCAGACUGCGUUUAAAUGCAGAAGGUCUCCUUUGUGAUUUAGGAGGCUUUGUAACCUGAAUUAGUUGAUGAAUUUUCUAUCGAUCUUAAACAAGCCCAGAUUCAUCUCUGACACGCUGCUCACGACCAUUCUCUCACCGUUAUUAGCGAGAGCAUUUAAGAGCUUGGCAAAGAGAGCUUCUUGCAUCACUUUCCCCUGGUACCGCUUUUCAUGAACACUGGCCAAAAUUAAGCAGUGCUUCUAUUCGCCAAAUCUGAACAGUUCUUUAUAGAGGUGUAGUCAUGUUCUUCUCGUCGUGGAGAUGAACUGAGUGGGACGGGGGGCGUGACUUUCUGUGGGGCUGCUAGAAUCCAGCAUGCCUUUUCGCCGUGUCUGCAUUGGCUUGUUAUUGUUUUUAUUUACUCACUAUCCCAUCAAGCGCGCAGCAUCAUCUGAGAAAGUAUGGAAUUUUGGACUAUUCCGAAAUGUGAGUUGAUGAGCGCGGUCUAAACUGACUAAUCCCAUUUCCUUAUCCGGGAAUGCGAAGAUCCACGCCAUUGGCUGACGAUGUCACAUGGACCUUUAACUUUGUUCACUUGACAGAAAGUAGGAGGGUUCUACCAAACAGGAAAACGAGUAAAGGGAUACAUAUAAAUUUUAGUAUAUUUUGUGUGCAAUUCAAAGAAAUUAAUGGCCAUGAGUUCCUAUUUGAUCAACUCGAACUAUGUGGACCCCAAGUUUCCACCAUGCGAGGAAUAUUCCCAGAGCGACUACCUACCCAGUCACUCUCCGGACUACUACAGCGCCCAGAGGCAAGACCCCUCGUUCCAGCAUGAGUCGAUCUACCACCAGCGGUCGGGCUGCGCCGACCCACCCUACUCUCCGUGCCAGGGUUCGGGGCAGCCCGCCGCGGUCAUCUCUCCGCGAGGUCACGUUCUACCCACAACCGCACUCUCGACCCCUCUCCCUGAACCAAACCAUCACUGCGACUCGAUAACUCCGAGUCCUCCGCCUGCCUGCGGUCAGACUCCCACUAGCCAAAACACUUUAACGGUCACUUCAAGAAAGGAUCCCGUGGUAUACCCCUGGAUGAAAAAAGUCCACGUAAACAUCGUGAACCCGAACUAUUCAGGGGGUGAACCCAAGCGCUCACGCACAGCCUACACGAGGCAGCAAGUCCUGGAACUGGAGAAAGAGUUCCAUUACAACCGCUAUCUGACUCGCAGACGGAGGGUGGAGAUUGCCCAUACACUAUGCCUAUCCGAGCGACAAAUUAAGAUUUGGUUUCAGAACCGGCGCAUGAAGUGGAAGAAGGACCAUAAGCUUCCCAACACCAAAAUACGCAGCAGCUCUGCCAACACUAAUUCAAGCAGCGGCCCGACACUGAGCAGCAAUCAGAACCGAGCAAGCGGACCUCCGCCAAAUCUAUAGCCCUCCACUGUUGCCCAAAACAUGUACAAUUAUAAAAUCUAAUUUUCUGGAGUGUAGAACGUGGAUUUUACCCACGCUGUUUCUCUCUACUCUCCCCUGCACUCUAAUUACAGGGAUAAAAUACGAGGAAGAUGUGGGGGAAAGGAGCAAAGAAAAUGUUAAUCUUUUUAACACUAAAAUGGGUGAAGACUCGAACUCAAAUGCUACUCUAGAUGGGUUGCUUUCCCAGUCUGGUUCCCAUUUUUAUCCCGCACGCCUCUCCUGCUCACUCGCCCCUUUCAUAAGCACAGAAGGCGGCAGAUAGUUUUCAGAUUUGGUGAAGAUGGAUCCGUGUUUCAUCUUUAAUCACGCCAAACUCGGCCCCAUUUGUCAUGUUUACUCUGUGGUACAAAGGAUGAACCGUAGGCCUGCCCAUUACCUCGACGUCUAGCGUUGUGCUUAAUAAAUGAGUCGCUCUGUUUUGUCAAGAAGCCUUUUCUGACUCCUUUUAUUCCCCUGGCUUAAAAAUAACUAGCCGAGUGUUUUUCAACUGAUAUGAAGUUUUGUAGCAAUUAGGUUAUUUUGCAUUUGCUUUUUGCAUUUCGAAUGCAAUGCCAAUGGGACUGAGGGUUUAUUGUGCGUGUGGUCCAUUUGUCGCUCAUUAAAAAUACAGGUUUUUGUUUCACUCGCCUGUUAAACGCAUUUCAGUUUAAGAACAGCAAAUUACUAAUUAGUUGUUCAUAUUAAAUAUAAUAUAAAAGUUCAAUGAAGCUGGAAGGCUAGAUAUGCAUAACCAAAACCGGUACAACGCAAAGCAUUUUAACGAGAGCACUGCUAAGUACUAUUUGAAUUACCUCAAUUGUAUUUUUGUUUUUUAUUUAGUUUUAUGAAGUGAUAAGUUUAAGUCCUUUGGACUUAGUGGCAAAUAUCUGCAAUAGCUAAUCUCAGCAUUUGUAAGUUGAAAUGAAAUUUAAGUUAAGUGUGGCCAGGGUUGUAUAGAGAAAGGUGCAUAUUGCAUGAGUAAAUAGACUAUAUUUUCGUUUAUACUUUAUUAUGUCACUACCACCCUCGUUUUGUUUUAUGGUACAUAGACAUGUGCACAUACAUUUCGCUUUUUUUUCUCUUUCUUUCUUUCUUUCUUUCUUUCUUUCUUUCUUUCAAUUUUAUUCAUUAUUAUUAUUAUUAUUAUUAUUAUUACAUUCCAAAGAUCAGUUUUCUCGCUGAUGAAUUGUACAUUUCUCCUCUUACAUGUUUGUAUUUUGUCUUCUUUCUGCUUGUACCUUUCACUGUUUACCUUUGUUACAUGUAAAUAGCUCUAGAAAUUUAAUAAAUGGCGGAAAAGUA